UUUUGCUAGGGGGGGGGGCUUGUUUUCCAUUUCCAGUGAAUUCAAUCACCGCGGCACAGCACAGUCCACCUCGAUUUCUCUAGGGUUUCCUAUCCCAUUCGAGCCGGCUUCGUCCCCUUCCUCCUCGUCGCCAUCCACCGCCGAAGUCGAGCCCCUACUUGGGCUUCGUCGCCAUCUCCGACUUCCUGUGAGUCGCUAUCCACCGCCGAAGAAGACCAUCUCCGACUUCCUGUGACUCGCCAUCCACGGCCAUCCAUCUUCGACUGGGGCUUCGUCGCCAUCUCCACAAAAGACCAGCUCUGACUUCGUUUUCAUCGCCAUCUCCGCAGAAGACCAUCUUCGAUUUUGAGCUUCACACCACCAGGGCAUCUUCUUCUUCUUCUUCUUCCACGUGAGCGAUAUUGACCUUCGACCAUCGAUCUGGAGUCUUCGUCCACUGGAAGCGAUCUUGUUCUCUGUUUCAGCGAGUGAUCUUGGUUUCUGUUUCAGCGAGCGAUAUUCGUGUUCUCCAUCUCCGCCGAAGUCGACCUCCUAUUCCAACUUGCAGACCGCCGUUCAUCCUCGUCGCCAUCUUCGUCCACGGUUGAGAAACUGUGUUUCAGAUAGCUGAUACACGGAGUUUCUGAAAAAAUGGACAAGUCACUGACUGCAGAAACGAAUAGUGCAAGGAGGCUGCUGAUUUGAUCAUUUGGCGGGCAAGGCCUCCUUUGUAAGAAAGGAGAGAGAAAGAAAAAGUUUAACUUCUAUAUCAAAGAAAUUCUUUUCCAAAAGAGAUACACAUGGCUGGUAUGUUGCCUGGUGAUUCUUCUCAGCAUGGAGGGUAUGAAGGUGGGUCUUACAAAUCAUCUCAGGAUGGUGGCCGAUGGUAUUUCUCUAGGAAGGAAAUAGAAGAAAAUUCCCCGUCCAGACAAGAUGGUAUUGAUUUGAAGAAAGAGACUUAUCUACGCAAGUCAUAUUGUACAUUCUUACAAGAUUUGGGCAUGAGACUUAAAGUGCCUCAGGUAACAAUAGCUACUGCAAUAAUUUUCUGCCAUCGAUUCUUUCUUCGUCAAUCCCAUGCCAAGAACGACAGGAGGACCAUUGCAACAGUUUGUAUGUUUCUGGCAGGGAAGGUUGAAGAAACUCCCCGGCCGUUAAAGGAUGUUAUACUUGUCUCUUAUGAAAUUAUUCAUAAAAAGGAUCCUGCUGCAGUACAGAGGAUCAAACAAAAGGAGGUAUAUGAACAACAGAAGGAACUAAUUUUAUUGGGAGAAAGGGUUGUCCUUGGAACUCUUGGUUUUGAUCUUAAUGUGCAUCAUCCAUAUAAACCCCUUGUUGAGGCAAUAAAGAAAUUCAAGGUUGCUCAAAAUGCCCUUGCUCAAGUUGCAUGGAAUUUUGUCAAUGAUGGGCUGCGGACAUCACUCUGCUUGCAAUUUAAGCCCCACCACAUUGCAGCAGGUGCCAUUUUCCUUGCUGCCAAGUUCCUCAAAGUAAAGCUCCCAUCUGAUGGUGAAAAGGUCUGGUGGCAGGAGUUUGAUGUCACCCCACGCCAAUUGGAGGAGGUUAGUAAUCAAAUGUUGGAACUGUAUGAGCAGAAUAGAGCAGCACCUUCUCAGGCAAGUGAAGUAGAAGGAAGUCCUGGAGCAGGCAUCAGCCAUCGGCCCCCUACAAAAGCUCCUACUGGCAAUGAGGAACAUGCAACAAAUAAUAGUAAUUCUCAGGGUGGUGGUGCUAUUUCAAAGCCUGGAACCUUGAAGCCAGCAUCAUCUAAGCCAGUUCCUGAUCAUUCAUACACUGAUAAUCAUGGCGGGCCUCCAAAAGUCACCCAAAACCGGAUUAAUGACUAUGGGAGCGCUGAGGUAAAGAGUGUGUCAGAUCACAGAGGAGAUGGUGAGGUUGUCAAUCAACAUCAUGAAUCAGAGCAAUCACUUUACCUGGAAAACAUGGGGGAAGUCCAGAAUAGUUACAGGAUUGGCUCAGGACGUGGUGAAGAAGAUCAAGAAAGAAAUGUUGUGAGAAGCGAAGCACGAGAAGUGGGGGAAUUCAAGGACAAAUACCAUGGCCGACAUCUGGAUUACAGAGAUGGGACAGUUGGCCAAUCACCCCAAGAAGCUAUUAAAAAGAUUGACAAAGACAAGGUAAAGGCUGCUCUGGAGAAAAGAAAGAAGUCCCGUGGUGAGAUAGCUCGGAAAACAGACGUGAUGGACGAGGAUGAUCUCAUUGAAAGAGAACUGGAGGAUGGCAUUGAAUUAGCUGCAGAGAGUGAUAAGAUGAAGCGGGAGAGGAGGCAAGGCUGGUCAAAGUCAUCAAACUGGACAGAUCAUGACAACACCCAUCAUGGGAAGCAUCAAGAUGAUUCUGGAGAUGGACACCACCUAGGAACAAGAGGGCAGUCAUCUUCACAUGGACAAGAUUUUGAAAAUGUGGAAGAAGGGGAGGUGGCAGCGUUCGAUGAUGCUGCCCAUGGAUAUAGAUCGCCAAAGUUGAGCAGCAGCAGCCGAAAGAGAAGGGCUGGGAGUCCACCAGAUAGAGCAUUUGAGGGAAAGCAACGUUAUGAUUACGUCUCUUCUGGGUCGUCCCACCAUCAUAGUCACCAUGAAUUUCCAGAAGAUAGAAACAAGUUGGCCAGACUGGGUCAUUCUGAGAGGGAUCAGAAAAGGCACUUGCAGGAAAAUCAUGUCUAAAGAAUGCUAUGCUUGCUGCUGGAGCAUGUAAUGUUUUUGAAGUGUUCUCUGCUGGUGUCGAACCACAAAUCAAUAGCCUCUUCUCUCUUGUUUGAGCUGCCAAUGUUAUUAUCUAGCGGCAGCGGCAGGUAAUGAUUUCCGUAGCCAGUGGAGGAUUAUUCUACUAAGUUAAAACAUGGACGACAAUGGAGGAGCUUUAUUUCUGGUUCGGUCAACCUGCCUGUACUACAUUACAUAUGCGCUGUUAUGCCUAGCUGCUGCUGGUAUUAUAUGGAUAAAAUUUCUAUGAAAAGAAUAACAAAGUUGAUUAAUUGGGUCCGGUGGCCGUUUGGUUCUAUUAGCUGUGUUUACUCUCUGAAAAUAUUUGGGAUUAUCAGGUAUAAUUCGAUGAUAAUCUAGUUGAGGAACUUAAAAUGAUAUUUGAGAGAGAGAGCUAUUUGGAUGGUUCUCAAUUGUAGAUACCGACUUUCCCAGUUUGUUCUGUUCGGGAGGGGAGAGAUGCAUUUCUAAUUGUGGUUGGAGGUAUUGAUGUCUGUAUACCUUAUGUUCCCUACUGAACUGAAACAAUUAUUAAAGUUGAAUUUUGAUAUUCAAGAGA